AGUAGCACUAAAACUAGAAACCAUGGCAGGCGUAGUUGAAGAUAACAAGUGGGUGGUUGAAAGCAGAGAAUGGUACUUAGCUGCAUAUUCCCCCGAGGGUGUUCCAACCUCUGAUCAUCUCAAACUCCGAACGGUGACUCUCUCAUUGGCCUCUGAUUCAAUCCCUGAAGGACAUGUUGCCCUUGAGACUCUCUUUCUCUCCGUUGACCCAUACCUUCGUACCAUGCUCACUGGCACCCUCGACGGCCUUUUCAUUCAACAAUAUCAGCUUAAUCAGGUGAUUACAGCAUUUGCAGUUGGAAGGGUAAUACGAUCAAAAGACAGUAAAUAUACAGAGGGGGAUCUUGUUUUGGUUCCAUCUGCUCCUGUAGCUGAGUAUUGUACCGUACCCGCUUCUCAGAUACCUAGAAAAAUUGAUGCAGCAAGUGGGAUUUCAUUGCCAGAUUAUCUAAGUUCUUUAGGAGUACCAGGGUUUGCAGCAUGGGUUGGGAUAGAGGUUCUGGGAGACCCAAAGCCUGGCUCAAAUGUGUUCAUAUCUGCUGCGUCCGGAGCGGUUGGUAUGAGUGCUGGCCAGUUAGCUAAGAUCCGUGGUUGUAGGGUCAUCGGAAGUACUGGCUCAGAUGAGAAGGUGAAGCUCAUUAAAGAGGAAUUUGGGUAUGAUGACGGAUUCAACUACAACAAGGAAUCAGAUUUUAACGCCGCUUUAAGCAAGUACUUUCCUGAUGGCAUUGAUGUUUACUUUGACAACGUUGGAGGUAAAAUGCUUGAAGCUGUACUUAACCAUGUCAACAAGUAUGCUAGGAUACCACUUUGCGGGAUGAUAUCCCAAUAUAAUAAGGUUUGGACUGAAAGAGAAGGUGUCAGGAAUCUUCUGAAUAUGGUGGGCAAGGAGGUGAGGAUGGAGGGUUUUAUGCUGGCAUCGUAUUGGCAUCGUUUUGGAGAUUUUGCUAAAGAUAUGGAAGGAUACAUAAAAGAGGGUAAGGUUAAGUCCAAGAAUAAAAUAAAUAUUGGAAUUGAGAGCUUUUUAGAUAGCUUAGGCUCCUUAUUCUCUAGCUCUAAUAUUGGAAAAGUUGUUGUUCAAGUUAAGCCAUAGUAUCCAACUACAAUAUGCUUGAUCUUGAUGUCCUAAUAUUCAAGCAUCAAAAGUUGAAGCCUUCUCCUAUAUUUCAAUCCUUUGUUUUAAACUUGUCUUUGAAGAUUUAAUAUGUAAUAAUUUU